AUUUCUGCAAGUGGACGCCAUUUUCUUCUGGCACAAGAGACAAUAGCAAAAAUUCCAAGAUGGAAGUGACGUCUAAGUUGAUUCCUCAGGUACCAAUACCAAAACGUUCCAGUGGUUUUUCGAUAGACAGUUUGAUCGGGCGUCCAGAGAAAUCAUCCACUCCUGAACAAAGAAGCCCUAGUCCGAGCAGAAGUCGCAGUCCCAGAUCCGAAUUGAGACCAGAGUCCCGCAAACAAUCGUUACCCGCACAUGCUUCUCACCUACAUGAUAAACAAUUACCGGGGUUGGAUGCCCUUGGCCAACAAGCCUUGUUGCAUUCAACUUUAAAUGCUUCGAGGGACAUCAUAGGACUUAACAGACUCAAAAACCUACAACUGUCCAUCGGUGAGAACUUUGCUGCAGAAUGGCACCGAUGGAGCCAUCUCGCCGUCCCAAACCCAGCGUUAAAUGGUAUGGGCGGACAUCCAGGUCCAGGUGGGCCCGUGCAUAUGCCUCACCAUGUCCCAGGACAUCCUGGUCUCUCUCUACCCCUAACUGGUCCUCACCCCCUGCACAAUCAAAUGCUAAUGGGACCCCAUUCCUCGCGAGAGAUGACCCUCUUCCCCUGGCUUAUGGGGAGACAAUUACUUCACCCAAGACUCGGUGGUCCCGAGGCUGGUUUAUUGCUGCAACCAUUCCGUAAACCAAAGAGGAUCAGGACAGCAUUUUCCCCGACGCAGCUGUUGCGUCUAGAACAUGCAUUCGAGAAAAACCAUUAUGUUGUUGGCCAAGAACGCAAAGAACUCGCAUCGAACCUGAGCCUCACAGAAACACAAGUGAAGGUUUGGUUUCAAAAUCGUCGCACUAAGCACAAAAGGCAGAAAUCUGAGGGUGGAGAUAGUGACAGUGAAAGUGACGAGGACAAUGAAGAGGGUCAGAAUUCCAAAACUGCACAUCAUAUUAGUAAAUGGCGUGCUGAAACCAACCAAUUGAACGUCUGUUGAGGCACGUUCAUUGAGGAUUUGACAAUGUCCCUCAUGAUGUAAAGGGUAAUAAGAUGUAUUGUUGGCUUUACAGUGUUGACGUAGACUGUCUCAGAUCUAUGUCAUUUACAAGUCAGAUGGCGGCACUGAGUAGCAAAAUCAAUGGUUACAGUGGAUGGGAUACGUAAAUGUUGGAGAACUGUCAUAUUGCCUAACAUUUCAAUGGUAUAACAUGUCACUACAGUGAGCAUUUCGAACAAAUAUGCCAAACAGUGUUUUAUGAAAAAAUGUCUCUAUAUGACUUAUGAUGAGAUUGUUCAAAUUGUUUACUUUAAUUAGCAAACAUGGUGUGGACUUCAAUUAAAUCAUUUGUAAUUUCAUUUAGCACCAGCAUCUAUUUAAAACAAGAAUGUAGAUUGUCAUUAUUGUUUUGGCAAUGUUUCAACUUGUCAAAUGACAAACUUAUCAAAACUCUAGUCAGU